AUUUUCAGAACGGCCUGCAGGCAUCCUGCAAAGUUACAGUGGGUUUGCCUAAAAGAGCUGAACAUGUGGAUAAGCCAUUUCACUAGUGUAUUUUUCCAAUUGAAACAAUACACAAACCAUCCUGCCUCCCCCACCCCACCCCUUUUAUGUUAAGCCCUAGUGGCUGGUUUGUGUUUUUUGCCUGUGCUUCUUUUUAGUCUUUCUGUAGGUUCCUAAAUGAUCUGUAUGGAUGAGUUUUUAGAGCUGACUUUGGGAUUCUUCUUUGAUGUGGGAACUGGACAUUGAUGUCGGUGGCUCUGUGGACAGAGAGCGUCUGAGCUGGUAUCACUGAGAUGGAGGCAGAGAAUAUGUCGGAGCUAAAAAUGAAGUUUUGGAGAAAGAAAGUGAGCUAGGUGAAGGAACGUUUGCUAACAGAGAGCUCCAUGAACCUGCCUCCUGACAAAGCCCGGCUCCUGCGGCAGUAUGACAACGAGAAGAAGUGGGAUCUGAUCUGUGACCAGGAACGAUUCCAGGUGAAGAAUCCUCCCCACACUUACAUCCAGAAACUCCAGAGCUUCUUGGACCCCAGCGUAACUCGGAAGAAGUUCAGGAGAAGAGUGCAGGAGUCAACCAAAGUACUGAGAGAGCUGGAGAUCUCACUUCGUACCAACCACAUUGGGUGGGUGCGGGAGUUUCUGAAUGAUGAAAACAAAGGCCUGGACGUGCUGGUGGAUUACCUGUCAUUUGCCCAAUGUUCCGUCAUGUUUGACUUUGAGGCUCUGGAGAGUGGUGACGAUGGUGCAUUUGACAAGCUCCGGUCCUGGAGCAGGUCCAUCGAGGACCUGCAGCCACCCAGCGCCCUGUCAGCCCCCUUCACCAACAGCCUCGCUCGCUCUGCGCGCCAGUCUGUGCUCCGGUAUAGCACUCUCCCUGGGCGCAGGGCGCUGAAGAACUCCCGCCUGGUGAGCCAGAAGGAUGACGUCCACGUCUGUAUCCUUUGUCUCAGAGCCAUCAUGAACUAUCAGUAUGGAUUCAACCUGGUCAUGUCCCACCCUCACGCUGUCAAUGAGAUUGCGCUCAGCCUCAACAACAAGAAUCCAAGGACCAAAGCACUUGUCUUAGAGCUCCUGGCAGCCGUGUGUUUGGUACGGGGAGGUCACGAAAUCAUUCUUGCUGCCUUUGACAAUUUCAAAGAGGUAUGCAAGGAGUUGCACCGCUUUGAGAAGCUGAUGGAGUAUUUCCGGAAUGAGGACAGCAACAUCGACUUCAUGGUGGCCUGCAUGCAGUUUAUCAACAUCGUGGUGCACUCGGUGGAGGACAUGAACUUCCGGGUCCACCUGCAGUAUGAGUUUACAAAGCUGGGGCUGGAGGAGUUCCUGCAGAAGUCAAGGCACACAGAGAGCGAGAAGCUGCAGGUGCAGAUCCAGGCAUACCUGGACAACGUGUUUGAUGUGGGGGGUUUGCUGGAGGAUGCCGAGACCAAGAAUGUGGCCCUGGAGAAGGUGGAAGAGCUGGAGGAGCAUGUGUCCCAUCUCACAGAGAAGCUUCUGGACCUAGAGAAUGAGAACAUGAUGCGUGUGGCAGAGCUAGAGAAGCAGCUGCUGCAGCGGGAGAAGGAACUCGAGAGCAUCAAGGAGACUUACGAGAACACGAGCCACCAGGUACACACCCUGCGGCGGCUCAUUAAAGAGAAGGAGGAGGCCUUCCAGCGCCGAUGCCACUUGGAGCCCACCGCCCGGGACCUAGAGUCAGUGGGCAGCGAGGCCCUGGCCCGGGUAGGCCCUGAGGAACUGAAUGAGGGCAUGCCCCCCUCCGACCUGGACCUCCUGGUUCCGGCCCCGCCCCCCGAGGAGGCCCUACCUCUGCCUCCGCCGCCGGCUCCUCCCUUGCCCCCUCCACCUCCCCCGUUACCAGACAAGUGUCCCCCAGCCCCACCUCUCCCCGGCGCUGCUCCCUCUGUGGUGUUGACAGUAGGCCUGUCAGCCAUUCGCAUUAAGAAACCCAUCAAGACCAAGUUCCGGCUGCCUGUCUUCAACUGGACAGCACUGAAACCCAACCAGAUCAGCGGCACUGUCUUUAGCGAACUUGAUGAUGAGAAGAUCUUGGAGGACCUGGAUCUGGACAAGUUUGAAGAACUGUUCAAGACAAAAGCCCAGGGCCCUGCCCUUGACCUCAUCUGCUCCAAGAACAAGACAGCACAAAAGGCUGCCAGCAAGGUGACCCUGCUGGAAGCCAAUCGUGCCAAGAACCUGGCCAUCACCCUCCGCAAGGCUGGCCGCUCAGCUGAGGAGAUCUGCAGGGCCAUCCACACGUUUGACCUCCAGACACUACCCGUGGACUUCGUGGAGUGCCUGAUGCGCUUCCUGCCCACAGAGGCUGAGGUGAAGCUGCUGCGGCAAUACGAGCGGGAGCGGCAGCCCCUGGAGGAGCUGGCGGCCGAGGACCGCUUCAUGCUGCUCUUCAGCAAGGUGGAGCGGCUGACCCAGCGAAUGGCUGGCAUGGCCUUCCUGGGCAACUUCCAGGACAACCUGCAGAUGCUCACGCCGCAACUCAACGCCAUCAUUGCAGCCUCUGCCUCCGUCAAGUCCUCACAGAAGCUGAAGCAGAUGUUGGAGAUCAUACUUGCCCUGGGGAACUACAUGAACAGCAGCAAGCGGGGAGCUGUGUAUGGCUUCAAGCUCCAGAGCCUGGAUCUGCUGCUGGACACCAAGUCCACUGACAGGAAGAUGACACUGCUGCAUUUCAUCGCCCUGACAGUAAAGGAGAAAUACCCAGACCUGGCUAACUUCUGGCAUGAGCUGCACUUUGUGGAGAAAGCUGCGGCAGUGUCCCUGGAGAACGUGCUGCUAGACGUGAAGGAGCUGGGCCGGGGCAUGGAGCUGAUUCGGCGGGAGUGCAGCAUACAUGACAACAGCGUCCUGCGCAGCUUCCUUAGCACCAACGAAGGCAAACUGGACAAGCUCCAGCGCGAUGCCAAGACAGCUGAGGAGGCCUACAAUGCUGUUGUGCGCUACUUUGGUGAGAGUCCCAAGACCACGCCUCCUUCUGUAUUCUUCCCAGUAUUUGUCCGAUUCAUUCGUUCUUACAAGGAAGCAGAACAAGAGAAUGAAGCCCGUAAGAAGCAGGAGGAGGUAAUGCGGGAGAAGCAGCUGGCUCAGGAAGCCAAGAAACUGGAUGCCAAGACCCCAUCCCAGCGGAACAAGUGGCAACAGCAGGAGCUAAUUGCAGAGUUGAGGCGGCGCCAGGCCAAGGAGCACCGGCCUGUUUACGAGGGGAAGGAUGGUACCAUUGAGGACAUCAUCACAGUGCUGAAGAGUGUCCCUUUCACGGCCCGUACUGCCAAGCGGGGCUCACGCUUCUUCUGCGAUGCAGCCCAUCAUGAUGAGUCAAACUGUUAACCCCCAAGGCUGGGGCCCUUGACAGGCCUCUACCACCAGCCCCUUGUCGUUCGCCACCAAGCCAGGAGUGCCGCACCGCCUGCUGGCCCCCCUCGGGCUCCAGGCCCCCACUGAGACCUUCUUGGAGGCAGAAGCACUUCAACCCUGAGUCCUUCAAGUCCAACCAGUAGACCUGAAGCCCUGGAAUUGGCCAAGGGCCCAGCAGAGGGCUAUGCUGCUCUCAACCCAGUGUCCACCCUAGCUCUCAAAGCUGCAUCUUGCCUGCCGCCACUGUGGGCACUAGGUCUUUCAGGGCCUGGCACUUCCCUGGUGCCUCCAGUACUGCACUUUGCUCCCAAGGUCUUCAACAUCAUUUCCUCAAGGGUCAGCUCAGGAGAGCUGGAGAAAACCAUUUCCAGCUUUAGGCUAUGAACGGGCACCUAGGCCCACCACCACUAGAGCCAGAGGGACGAGAGGAGAAAACAAUUUUUUCCUUCUUUUUUCCCCCUUACUUUUUGCAACCCAAUGGUCAGCUGCGAUCUAGAAGUGUCCAAGCUUAGGGAGCCCUGGGGCGGGGCCCUGCCAGUCUCAGAUCGUCUUUUACCAGGAGCAAGUCUCUCCUAAGCCUGGGCAGUGUGCCCUAGUGAUAAGGGGAGAGGAGAGAUGCCAUGCUCCCUGCCCUUGGCCCUUUGCGUUCUAGGCUGACUGUCCUUGCCGAGGUGGGCAGAGGACUAGUUUUCUCUGCCUAGAGAAAGGGUGUGCCAAGAACGUCCUCACCUUCCCCCAGCUAGGUUUUGUUGGCAGGGGCGGGGUCAUGUUGGUCUUAGCUAUUUUCUCCGUCCCCUGCCGGUUUCUUCUCGGCCCCUGGGAGGGAAUACAGGGGCCCACUCCUUUUUGUACAUGUACCACUUCCUUCUCUCUUGUACAUAAACUCCAGACUUUCCUUCUCUCAACAAAGGCUUGAAAUACCAGGCCUGACUCUGUCUCCUCUUUCUGAGUGUGGCGGCAGGGCUAAGCUGCCCCUUUAGGCUGACCUGAGCCACGGGGAUAGAAAGGAGGCUGGGCAGAGCUGCCACGCUCGGGGGAGGUGAGUGCGGAAGCCUGGAGAAGGAGAACCUGGCUAGGUGGGCUCCAGCCACACAAAGGGAGGCAGGCCUGCCGUGAGGCACCAGUGCCCCCUGCUGGCCAUGCGGGCACCUGUCCAGCCCCAGCCAGCCCCAGUGCAAGCACACUGAGAAGACAAAAGAGCCACUGGGCACGUUAUAAAUAUUGUUAUUUAAAAACCAAAACCAAAACCAAAACGAAACACACAUACACUGGACCCCGGGGCCCCGGCAGGCAGGAGCAGGUACUGAUGCUAGAGGGUAAGGACCCCGCCCUCUGCCACCCAGGCUGUGUCCACCAGCCUGUCACUCUUCCUGGGGGCCCCUUCUCACAUUACUGGCACCACCCACCCACAUGGCAUUCACCACCAAUCGCUGGUCUGGGGCUGAGGGCAGGGACCGCACUAGCUGUCCGGGAAGCUGGGAGGACCCUUGAACACCGCGAGCAACCUUGGGAGGUGCUGGCGAUGAUGUGUUGGGGUUGGGGCUACUUGAGGAAAAGCGGACACAGACCCAACUAAGGAAGAAGUCUGGGGUAGACAGCGAGGGUAAACUAGGCCACAGCCUCACACAGACCCGAGGCACGGUGCCUCAUCAGGUCACUGGUGGUCAUCCAGCUGCUGCAGGAGCGUCCGCCGCCGUCUUUCCAGCUCACCCUCGCUCAGCUCGCUUUCCGAUGUGUCCCAGCCCGUCUGGUGGAGCAAAGGCACAGCUCACCCACAGCUUCCCCCCGAGGGCUGCCGAGGCCUGGGCACAGCGCUGACUGGGCUGGGGCCGGGUGCCUGCCUCUCACCUUCUCCUUCUUGAUUCCAAAGCCUGCGGAGCGGUUAGGGAGCUCUGCCCGCCGGAGGUCCCUGUCCUUGUCCUGCUCUGGUUCUUUCUCAUCACUCUCCUUGCCCGCUUUCUCCUCAGGGUCUGUCUCACUCUCAGGACUGUUCUGUAAGAGCCCAGAGCCCGCCUCCUCAGUUCCUGUGGAGAACAGCCCAGGAGGCGGGUGAAGACAUCUCAUAAAACAGCAGGGCCUUGGAUGGAAGUUCCUUCUCUACGCACCGACUUGUGUCUUCUCUUCUUAGUUCUCUUUUUUGGUUUCUUGACUUUCCGAAGGCCAUGAUCUGGAGACAGAAAAAUCCCCACUAAGUCCCUUGGGAGAAGGGAGGCCUCAUCCUUUUCUCUGCUCAUUCUUCACAGACAGGGACCUGUCUGAGGAAGUCUCAGUCCAGUUUUCCUUCCUUCUCUCCGUUUCCUGCCUGGGCAGGGACGGGAAGUUCUCCUUACUCUCCGACAGGUGCAGCCGUCCCAAUCCACUCUACCCUCAGAGGGUGGGGCUCCCCGAAGGCCUCCUCUCCAGUUCCCAACUGCUUACCUGAUCCAAGGAGAAGGCGGGAGGAUGGGGAACCCCGUCCUCCAAGGGCAGCACCCCCACUUUCAAUAGAAUCAAGUGAGGAAGAGGGCUCAGAGCCUGACUCCGAGGGGUUCCGCCGCCUCCGCCUGGGGGGCCGGAGAGAUGGUGGGGGCAGCUCUUCAUCUUCUGACUCAGAGCCCUGGGGAGAUGGGCAGACACGUGUCAGCACAGAGGUUACCUGGGCUCCAGAGGCCCUCAAGUAUGGGAACUGGGGACAAAGAGGAGAAUCUAGGACCAAAGGAAUCCUCAGAUCUUCCUCCAGGGGAGGUGAUGUAGGAGAAAAGCAAGAAAAGUGGCUCUUAUUUCCCCCAGACAAUCCAACCUCACCCCACAUCCUUCCUACCCGCCAACUCACUGAGGGCGAGUGGGAACGCUUGCGAUGGUGCUUCUUGCCCUUUCUGCCGUGUUUCCGGCCUUUGCUGUGGAGGUGCUGGCAUUCAGUCUGGUGGAGGCAGAGGGAGGGGAGAGGAAGGUUAGCCCCAGAAAGGACCCUGCAUUCUACAAUCCAGUUUUGCCUCCUCUUCUGAGGCUAGGGCCUUAGGUCUAUCCAGGGUACCCUAAGACCUCCCCUUCCUUAGUUGUCCGGGAAAGGAGAGCCCUGGUGAGGCUUCCAUUAAGCUAGCCUCAGGUGUUCAAGAGCCUGGGGCAGAUGCAGAGGAAGAGAAGCUCUGCCUCACCUCCAGUACCUGCAGGAACUCCCGGAAGAGCCGGAUCCGCUCCGACUCCAGGGUGAUCUGCUCAAAGGCUGAGUCGCACACAAAGCGCUCACGGACCUUGAACAGGAGAGCACUGCUGAUCAGACCAGCCCCAGCACAGCAUGAUGCCGCCAUGAGCACAGGGCAGGGCUGGGGCAGAGGAAGGAAGGGAGCCGAAGCUGGCCCCGAGCUGUGCUAUGACUGGGGUGGGCCCCCGGUGGUGGAGAAGCACCGCUGCCCUCAGGACUGAGGGGGUGGUGUUUGGUGCCAGGCUGCAGUCCUGACCUCUUCCCAGGCAGUGCCCAGCUCCACAGCAGGCACAGCCUGCCUCAGCAUGCUUCGAAAGGCAGCUUCUCUGCGCCGCAGCCUUCGUGCCUCCUCCUUCUCCCGCUCUCUCUCCCGCGCCUCUGCUUUCUCCAGCAGCUGAGGGCAGACGGGACACAGAACGGAGUCACCCAGAAGGGUGGGCGCCCCGACUCACCCAGACAUACCUUAAAAGGUGGGAAGUUGGAGCCUGGGCUCCUACUAUCAUUCCCUGAACUGGGGGAAGAGUCACACUGGGGCAGUGAGUGAGAAGGCACGGAACAAGAGUGAGGGACGAGUCUGAGAACGGAGCCCUGGCUACAGCCCCACCCCACGUGGCCCCUCACACUAUUGAAAGUCAGCUUGAUGUUGCCUGCAUCCAGCGCAGCAGCCCUCUUGUCAAAGCUUAUGACGUGGGCGAAGUCCUCAAAGGCUGUGUUCACCUCCACGCAGAAGCCCCGGUCCUGUGGGCACAGCAGCGCAUGAAGCAGGGGGCACCACAGGCCCGAACCUGAAGCUGGCUGGCCUCCAGGGCAGGCAAGGGUCAGACUACAGGAUGCUCAAGGAGCCCCCUCCCCCGGAAGGGAUCCACAGGACUGGGAUGCACUUGGAGACCAAGUCGUCCAAGUCCUCACCAUCUGACAAUUAAGACUCCCAUGCCCACCCUUGGCUUGGCUGUCACAGGGAACUGGGGGCGGGGGUUGGAUCACAGGGGCAGGUGUGCAGGGUGUGUGUGUGUGUUUCUCACAAUUAAUUCUUUGUCCCUUUGGCUUAAAGCUUGAGCCCCUGCUGGGUCAUCCUGCUGCUCAGUAAGUUCCUUGCAUUCCAGCAUCUGCAGGUCCCACCCUCUGGCUAUAUUUAUUGAGUGCUUACUAUGUACCAGGUACCAUGCUGAGUGUUUCACACACAUUACCUCAUUUAAUCCUCACGUAUCUGAAUUUAAGCACAAGUCCUAGUAUCCUAAUUUUAUGCAGAAGAAGAAACCAAGGUUUGGAGGAACUAGCGCCAAUUGCCCAAGGUCUUCAGGGCUAAUAUACGGCUGAAGGAGAAUUCUGCCCGAGGUCUUUUUAACAACAAAGCCCCUACUUUUUAGCACUACACCCACACAGAUCACCUCAUCCACGGGACAAAUAGAGGCCAUCUGGUGUACAACUCCCGAAACACUAUUAAAAACACCACACACAGACCUGGCGCUGUGCUUCUCACCUAAGCCUCAAAACACCCCAGUAAAGCAGAGGCUUAGGAGAGUUCUCUCACUUGGCCCAAGAUGACUCAGUGGAAAGUGGAGCCACUGGCGUGCGAGGUCUGGGGCACGGGCCCAGGUUCCCUCCCUCUCCCUCCACUCAGCUCGAACUUGCCCUGGCCUUCCUGCUGAUGGCAGAGGCGCACUCUUCUUGCUUCUUCCAAGAGGACUUCCUCAACCCAUGCUCUCCAGCCCUUCUCCUCAAACAUACCAAUCUCUCUCGCUUAGGGAACUGCAAGCUUCACUCUCACCUCUUCACUGGCUCCUUCCGUCAAGCACACAGCUCACUUAACCUGGAAUACCCCUUCCACUCUGCUCUCCACCUUCCUCAAGCUAACAACCUCUGCUUCUUUCCCUUUGUUUCAAAAUCUUUAAAUGCAGCGCAAAGGAAAACAAACAUUUAUUAAGCCUACUAUAAGCAAGAUACUACAAAUGUUAUUUAAUUUCACGACCUUGCACGUGUUAUCAUCCCCAUUUUACAGAUUAGGAAACUGAGGCUCAGAGACAUUAACGUGCAGAGGUCUCAACCAAUAAACAGCCAGGAGUUACCCAACUCUAAAGCCUGUGCUGCACUCACUCUGCCCUCUUCACGGACACUGCUCUCCUAGAGGUUGCUCAUGUCCCAAGAGUCAACUCCAAGGACGCCUUGUCCCCACUCUUCUCGUCCUCUGUUCACUUCUUCAGUGCUCCCCUCUCCAGGGUCCCCUCCUGUCUCUGACCUCUUUUACCACCUCUCUUGCAUGUGCUUGUUCCCCUGAGACCUGCAGUUAGUCUUUUCAAUCUACACUGUCCUUCGCAAUCUCAUUCCCCACCUCUCUCCUGAUUUUCAGACCCAUACUAGACUGGAUAUUUCGCAGACACUUCAAAUUCAGCAGAUCCCAAGAGAAUUCAUUUCCUGGGAGACCCCCACCCCACUCCCAUGGAUCUCUCAGGCCCAGAUCUUCUGUCUUUCAGCUAUUCCAAGUCCAGGACUCUGCACUACCCUAUGGGAUGCGAGGUACCAUCACAGUCUGCCUGGCUGGUAGAUGGUCUCAGGGAGCCCUGGGUUCAUCUGCCUUCCAUAGGCAGGAGCCCAAAAGGGGGAAGAGGAAGGAGGAACUAUCUAAAGAAGAUUCUUUCUCAGGAGGUGUGGAGACACAGGACUCAGCAAGGAUAGGACUCCCACAGGCCUGUCAGCAGUACUGGCCGCUCUGUGGCUAAAAGUUAAGAGUCCAAUAAAAUAUAGCUCUUCUUGGAUUA